UUCCUUUCUGUUUCUCCGGCAAUUGCUUCGACAGAGUGCAACUCUUCUCAAAAGUGACGAAAAAAUGGACCUUCGCCAAGCGAUCGGCAACCAAACCGGCGUCUCACUGAGCAUCGCCAAGCGGGUGGCGCUGGACGAGGCCAAGGACACCAACUUGGUCUUUUCUCCGCUCUCCAUCCACGUCGUGCUCUGCUUGAUCGCCUCCGGCUCAAAGGGCCCGACCCUUGACCAGAUGUUGUCCUUCCUCAGCGCCAGAUCCUCCGACGACCUCUCCUCUCUUUCUUCCCAGCUCGUUGACCUCGUCUUCGCUGACGGAGGACCCGUCGGUGGGCCGCGGCUGUCGUUCGCCAACGGGGUCUGGAUUGACCUUUCUCUCCCUCUAAAACCUUCUUUCAAACAGGUGGUCGACACGGCUUACAAGGCUGCUUCGAGUAAUGUUGAUUUUCAGACCAAGGCAAUUGAGGUGAUGGGUGAAGUGAAUUUGUGGGCUGAAGAGGAGACCAGUGGUCUUAUCAAGGAAGUGCUUCCUCCUGGUUCAGUUGACAGCUCUACCAGACUCAUCUUUGCGAAUGCUCUCUAUUUUAAAGGAGCAUGGAAUGAGCAGUUUGAUGCAUCGAAAACAAAAGACCAUGACUUCUACCUCCUCAAUGGCAGCACCGUUCAAGUUCCCUUCAUGACUAGCAAAAAAAAGCAACUGGUUAGGGCGUUUGAUGGUUUCAAGGUCUUGGGGCUCCCAUACAAAACAGGUGAAGAUAAGCGCAGUUUUUCAAUGUACUUCUUCCUGCCAGAUGCAAAAGAUGGACUGACAACUCUAAUGGAGAAAGUGAGUUCUGAAACUGGGUUCUUAGAUCGUCACUUGCCACAACAGAAGGUUGAAGUGGGGGAAUUCCGGAUCCCAAAGUUCAAGAUUUCAUUUGGGUUCGAAGCUUCUGAAGUUCUAAAGAAACUAGGUUUAGUCUUGCCUUUUUCCGGUGAUGGGCUUACUGAGAUGGUAGACUCCCCUCUUGGUAAGGACCUGUAUGUUUCAAAGAUUUUCCACAAAUCUUUCAUUGAAGUUAAUGAAGAAGGCACGGAAGCUGCAGCUGCUACUGCAGGCACGAUAAUGCUUCGGUCGAUUGUUAUGACAGAGAAGAUGAAUUUUGUAGCUGACCACCCAUUCUUGUUUGUCAUUAGAGAAGACAUGACCGGCGUGGUGUUGUUCAUCGGCCAUGUGCUUAAUCCCCUUGAAGGUUGACACGGACUAUCGUUUCAACGGAGGAGAACCGUGUGUAGAUGAUGAAACCUUAGCUUAAGCAAGUCUCUGGUCAUAAACAUUUGGUUGAUACUUAUGUGAGUGUUACUAAUGCCAAAAACCCUCAAGGAGAAUACCUCUGAUCUUUUCACUCCUUGUUCUUGUUUUUGAUAUCGUUACCCAUCUUUUUCGGUUACUCUUUGGAUCGAGUGUGUGACACUUGACAGACACACACUCACACAGAGCAAAUAGUGUUGUAAUACUAGUUUGGCAUAUGCCUUUUUCUCUGUGUUGCAUUGCGAGAAGAUGCAUGAAUGUGCGUAACCACUCUUCUGUUUAACUUUUGGAUGGUGGCCUUGACUUGUAGUAACGUUUGAACUUUGAAAGCAGAUCUGAAUAACCUGUUUACCA